CGCGUAAUACAAAUCUUUAAAUACCUCACCACUCAAUCCAAUUCCACAAAACAAAAGCAAACCAAAGACGCAGCAUUUUAGCUCCAUUAACAGACCUUCCUCAACCAUCCCAGACAUGGCUGAAACCACACCUCACAAACAAGAAGUUCAAGUAGUACAAAUCCCAGUUCAUCACUCAACGGAGCAGUUCCAAGUUCUCCCACCACCAACUCAUAAAGAACGAAAAUGGUGGGUUUUGGUUGUUUUCUGCGUAGCUUUGCUCAUAGUAGGCCAAUUCUGCGGCAGAAUCCUUCAAAAUAUUUUCAUCAAUGAAGGAGGAAGAGGAACAUGGAUGAUUGCUCUCAUUCAAACCGCUGGAUUUCCCAUCUUAAUCCUCCCAUAUCUUCUCCUCUUUCUCUGUUUAAUUUACCUCUUCCUCGGAACCCUCUUAGCUGCUUCAACCAUGUUAUACUCAGUCGGAAUCUUGUACAUUUCUGUCAGUAGAUUCGCUGGAAUUAGCGCAACGCAGUUAUUUUACACCCUUACAUUUUCCUACCUCAUCAAUCACCAUAAAGUCUCCAACUUUAUAAGUCUCUCUGCAGUUCUGAUCACUCUAUCAGCCGUCUUUUCAACAAUCAACGGCUAUUCCUUUCCGGGUAAGCCAAGCACGGGUUCACCCAUUCCCGCCAUCGGUCACCCGCUCACUCAAAUUGCAUCAAUUGCUUUCUGUUUGAUGCUUUCCCUAAUGCGAUUAAGCUUCGACAAAGUGAUAUUAAAAAGGACGAACAAGACGAGGGUUAGAGCUGUGUUGGAAAUGCAGAUUUUCACAGCAAUGGUGGCUUCGAUCAUUCUGGUUAUAGGGUUAUUGGCAACAUCUGAAAGGACGAGUACUCUAAGCUUCGUUUCAGGGUUCAACAAAGGGACGAAAGGUUACGUGUUGAUUUUGGUAGGGGCUGGUUUGGGUUGGCAAGCUUUCUCUGUUGGAGCUGUGGGUUUGGUUCUGUUGGUUUCGCCAUUUUUCUCGAAUGUGGUUAAUGUGUUUGUGAUGCCAUUUUUACCAGUAGUUGCAGCUCUGUUCUUUGAUGGGUCAAUGUCGGUGUGGAAGAUAAUCGCCAUGCCUUUGGCUCUGGUGGGUUUUGGGUUUUACCUUUAUCAGCUUUAUAGGUUUGAAGAUGGAGAGACUGGAGAAGAAGGUUCGGAACAGAACGAGGGUGAAGCCUAAGAUUAACAUUUAUUAAUUUUUUCUGUUAAUUGUGUAGUGUAAUUUGAAAUAUUCGUCUUUUAUGAUGCUGUGAUUUUUUUUUUAUAUUUAUUUUGUAGUGGAAAA